CGGGCGGCGAUGACCGCGCAGCGCGUCCCGCGGGCCCGGCCCUGAGCCCCACUGCCUGCCUGCCCCGCCGAGGUCCGGACAGGCCAAGAUGACGCCCAGCCCCACGUUGUUGCUGCUGCUGCCCCCGCUGCUGCUGGGGGCCCUCCCGCCGGCCGCCGCCGCCCGAGGUCCCCCGAGGAUGGCGGACAAGGUGGUUUCGAGGCAGGUGGCCCGGCUGGGUCGCACCGUGCGGCUGCAGUGCCCUGUGGAGGGUGACCCGCCGCCACUAACCAUGUGGACCAAGGAUGGCCGCACAAUCCAUGGCGGCUGGAGCCGCUUCCGUGUGCUGCCCCAGGGCCUGAAGGUGAAGGAGGUGGAGCGGGAAGACGCCGGCGCCUACGUGUGCAAGGCUACCAAUGGCUUUGGCAGCCUCAGCGUCAACUACACCCUCAUCGUGAUGGAUGACCCUGGUGCAGGAAGGGAGCGUCUGGGGCAGGACGGCUCCUCCGGGGGCCAGGAGGACGCAGCCAGCAAGCAGUGGGCGCGGCCCCGCUUCACACAGCCCUCCAAGAUGAGGCGCCGGGUGAUCGCCCGGCCAGUGGGCAGCUCCGUGCGGCUCAAGUGCGUGGCCAGUGGGCACCCGCGGCCCGACAUCAUGUGGAUGAAGGACGACCAGGCCUUGACAGGCUUGGAGGCCGGGGAGCACAGGAAGAAGAAGUGGACCCUGAGCCUGAAGAACCUGCGUCCCGAGGACAGUGGCAAGUACACGUGUCGCGUGUCCAACCGCGCAGGCGCCAUCAACGCAACCUACAAGGUGGACGUGAUCCAGCGGACACGCUCCAAGCCCGUCCUCACGGGCACGCACCCCGUGAACACGACCGUGGACUUUGGGGGCACCACGUCCUUUCAGUGCAAAGUGCGCAGUGAUGUGAAGCCAGUGAUCCAGUGGCUGAAGCGCGUGGAAUACGGCGCCGAGGGCCGCUACAACUCCACCAUCGACGUGGGCGGCCAGAAGUUCGUGGUGCUGCCCACGGGCGACGUGUGGUCGAGGCCCGAUGGCUCCUACCUCAACAAGCUGCUCAUUACCCGCGCACGCCAGGACGACGCCGGCAUGUACAUCUGCCUGGGGGCCAACACCAUGGGCUACAGUUUCCGCAGCGCUUUCCUCACCGUGCUGCCAGACCCCAAGCCUCCAGGCCCACCCGUGGCCCCCUCGUCCUCGACCACUAGCUUGCCGUGGCCCGUGGUCAUCGGCAUCCCGGCCGGCGCCGUCUUCAUCCUCGGCACCGUGCUCCUGUGGCUCUGCCAGGCCAAGAAGAAGCCGUGUGCACCUGGGCCCGCCCCCCCCAUGCCUGCGCACCGCCCUCCCGUGGCCGCCCGUGACCGUGGUGGGGACAAGGACCUUCCCGUGCCAACCAGCCUCAGCACUGCCCCUGGCCUGGGGCUGUGUGAGGAUCUUGGGCCUCCAGCAGCUCCCCAGCACCUGCUGGGCCCGGGCCCAUCUGCUGGGCCCAGACUUUACCCCAAACUCUACACAGAUGUGCACACACACACGCACACACACACGCACUCACACACACACUCUCACGUGGAGGGCAAGAUCCACCAGCACCAGCACAUCCACUACCAGUGCUAGACGGUGUGGCCAUGCGGGGCGCCGGCCCACUCGCGCU